UUUUAAGGUUGCGAAGAGAAAGAAAAUAUUUUUCAAAACAAUCUUGAUAAUAGAAUGAAGAAAAGAAAGGACAGCUUAAAACCCACUGGAAAAGCGGCAAUAAGUUCAAGUUUCAGAAAAAAGUAAGCAUUAAGUUUGUUCUUCUUUGUUUUCUGUAUUUGUUUACAUUUUUAUUUAUUUUUUCCAUUUUUAGAAGUUUGACUACAACUGGACCCGUCCGGCCACCAAUAUUUCCAUCAGCUGAUGUGGCAUUUAAAGCACUCUUAUCAGCAAGGAUUUGUGCAUCGAUUUGGUGUCAUAUUACCGACUGUGAUGAAACUUUUAAUUAUUGGGAGCCGCUUCACUAUUUGUUGUAUAACAAAGGCCUCCAAACUUGGGAAUAUUCGCCGGAUUUUGCAUUGCGAUCUUACACUUAUCUGAUGAUACAUGGAGCGCCUGCAUAUAUCUACAAGCAAAUAUUUGAUCCCAAUCCAAUGUUGAUAUUCUACUUUAUUCGACUUUUACUCGGACUUGGAUGCGCACUUGCAGAAGUUUAUUUUUACAAAGGCGUUUGUCGUGAAUUUGGAGUUCAUAUCGGACGAUCUUGGCUGGUAUUUCAACUAUUCAGUGCUGGGAUGUUCAUUUCAUCAGCCGCUCUCUUACCCAGCUCGUUCUCAAUGUACUUCACUAUGUCAGCAUUGGCAGCAUGGUGGCAUCAAAAAUACAAGCUCGCCAUUUUCUUCACAGCCAUUUCAGUGUUACUUGGAUGGCCUUUCAUUGGAUUAAUCUCAAUUCCAAUUAUUUAUGAUAUUCUGGUAAAUCAAAAGCAAAUUCGAAUCUUCAUCUUCUGGUCAAUCAUUUCUGGUGUGACAAUUCUCCUGCCGAUGAUCAUUUUGGAUUCAUCGUACUUUGGAAAGCUGGUGAUGGCGCCAGUCAACAUUGUUCUGUAUAACGUGUUUAAGAAAGACGGCGGUCCAACCUUGUAUGGCACUGAACCCUUCACCUUCUACAUUUUUAAUGGAUUUCUCAACUUCAACAUAAUUUGGCUGAUGUCGUUAAUGACUCCACUUUUCAUUAUCAUCGGAUAUGUUGCCGUGCCAUCAAGAACAAAACAAACAACAUUGACACUUCCUUACUACUUAAGUCUUGCACCAUUUUAUCUUUGGUUAGCUGUGAUGAUGAUUCAACCUCACAAAGAAGAAAGAUUUUUAUUUCCUGUUUAUCCACUCAUCAGUCUCUGCGGUGCCAUCACACUCGACAUUUGCCAAAAGAUUUUCUUCAGAAUUAAAAGCGCAAUUGUGAAGAUAAAUUCAGCGACGCACUAUUUGAAUCACACGACUUUCAUUACUGUGUUUGUUGUCAUUGUGUCGGUGCUUUUGAAUGUUUCGAGAAUUCUAGCGAUUUAUCGAAAUUAUCAUGCACCGAUGGAUACAUUUAUGGAGCUGAGUACAUCGAGAGACAUCCUUGAAGAUCCAAAUUCAAAGGAACCGAUAAACAUCUGUAUUGGCAAGGAAUGGUAUCGUUUCCCGUCAAGUUUCUUUCUACCUUCAACUCGCUACUCUAUCAGGUUCUUGAAGUCGGAAUUCCGUGGAAUUCUUCCAGCUUAUUACAGCAAUCACGAGAAUGCAACACAAAUGACUCAUCAUUACUUCAAUGACAUGAACAGAGAAAAUUCUUUCAUGUACUUCAAGAACAUUGAAAAGUGCGAUUUCUUAGUUGAUCUUGAUCUCAACACAAAGACUCAUCCGCCCUUGGAGCCAAAUUAUUCAGCCGACACUGAACAUUGGACAAUCUUAAAGGAACUUCCCUUUCUCAACGCUCAAAUGUCACAUCCAAUUUAUCGCGCAUUUUACAUACCUUUUGUUUCCUUCAAAUACAUCAAACACGGAAGUUACAAUCUGUUGCAGAAAUUUGUUCCCGAAGCAAGUGAUGAGUCAGUGAAUUGAAAUGAAUGAAAUUAAAUUAGAAUAGAAUCGUAGCUGGUGUUCAUUUUUUUACAUUUUGGUAGCUUUAAUUAAUACGAAUUUUGAAAAAUUAGUCAUUGAUUGUGAUGAUUGUCUGAUGUGUUGUGCUCAUCACAUGUUGAGUGGUAGUAGGUGAGUAGAACUUUUCAACGGCUAAAUAAAGUUAGUCACAGGAAAUUUCAAACCCAUAAAAAACCAAAUAAAUAAAUCGAGUGAAUAUUUUUAAUGUUUUGUGUUUAAAAUACUUCUGAAGCAAACACUUUAAGACAUUGUUUAAUUUUCUCAAUGUCCAUCCGGCUAUGAAACCACCGGCCUAGAAAUAAAUUCUUUAAACCGCGUCAAAUAUGCUAAUUAGGUUCCCAAGCCAACAUUUA